GAGUUUCCUUUGCAGUCUUCCAAGCUUCGUCGGGUGCAUGAGUCUUUGGCUCAACACUAUUUGCCACGGUUUGCCGCUGAGAAGGCCUUCUGGGGCUACCUCAAUGCACCACCCGACGGCUGUUCUCUGCUGGGCAGUCUCGACUUCAAGCUUGAAGAUGCUGAAGUGCGCGUUUCAGCACGCCGGCGGCCAGCCCCAACAGAGAGUCUCGAGGCACAACUGGCGCUCAUUGACGAGCUCUGCGUUGAGGUCUUACUGCAAGACCGUUUUCUCGGGGAGCGCUUCGCGCCCUCCUCGAUGAACUUUCUGGCCAUGACGCAUGGCCAUGCCGCCGGGCA